GUCACCAACCCUGUCCUCCGCCUUGUGACGUCACAGAGCCCGCGUCUCCGCCCUCCGGUUUCCUCCUGGGGCUUUUCCUUCCCGUCCCCGCAGGGGGCGGGGGCGUCGCGAUGAAGCGGGGCAAAUCUAAGUCGGACCUCUGUGGAGCAGGUGAGGCUAGACUAGGUGGGAUGGCAGCCUGUCCCACGGGCCGGCCUGGCCGGCUCCAACGCCACCUUCUGAGCGGCGAAUUCGACCAGCUGCGGGACUUCCCUAUCUUUGAGAGCAACUUCGUUCAAUUCUGCUGCUCAUCUAUCCCACCUCUAACCUCUGACCCCCGGCCCCAGGUGACCCGGUUAGGAGAAGUCGCCAACAAGGUCACCAUGGGAGUGGCAGCCUCCAGUCCAGCCCUGGAACUCCCAGACCUGUUGCUGCUAGCAGGCCCUGCCAAGGAGAAUGGACACCUACAGCUCUUUGGGCUGUUCCCCUUAGAGUUUGUCCAGCUCUUCGUCCACAACGAGUGCCGCAGGCAGCUCAAGGUCAAGUUCCGCACUGGCCGUGCCUUCUACCUGCAGCUGCGGGCCCCACCUGAGACCCGCGACAGAGAGUUUGGCCAGUGGGUGCGGCUGCUCUACCGCCUUCGCUUCCACUCAGCACAGGGAGCCGUGCCCUUCACGCAGGAGGACUCGGGGCUCGAGGAUGGGGAGGAUGAAGAGGAAGAGGAGGACGAAGAGGAGGAGGAGGACCAGGAGGCAGCUGCAGCCCGAGAGGAGGGGAAUGAGACUCCAGCUAUGGAAACUAGACUUGACCCACAGAUCUCGGAACUCUGGGGACUCUGACUCUUCCAACAUCCUUUGAGAGUAUGAAAGACUAAGAAUGCCUUCCCUCGGGGCUGGACAGAUAAAUUAUUAAAGUUAAUAAAGAUCAGCCAAUUAAGAACCAACAUCCAGGUCAGUGAGCAGUUUCAUCAUUGUCGUCGUCAGUUCAACAUGGCUACCUCACUGAAGUAGCUUUUCCAGUGUGGCUGUCUCAACCUGGUCUUCACUUCACCGUGUCUUAAUUCCUUGGGGCCGUCCCUAUGAGGUAGUGCCCACCAU